GGAGAAAAUUUCAAGUCUUGCUCUUGCCCCUCUCAUAGUUGUGCUCUACCCUACGGGCUACGGUUGGUUGCCACAAUUCAAUUGCAGCGGGAGAGAAGAAACAGGAUGGCGCCUGUUCUGCAAAGCUCUCAGCAAUGGGUGGAGAAAUACCGGCCGAAGCAGGUGAAGGACGUAGCUCACCAGGACGAGGUUGUUCGAGUCCUCACGAACACUCUCGAGACCGCAAAUUGUCCACAUAUGCUGUUUUAUGGGCCUCCUGGCACUGGGAAAACGACGACAGCCCUUGCGAUUGCUCAUCAGCUUUUCGGGCCUGAAUUGUAUAAGUCAAGAGUUUUGGAACUUAAUGCUAGUGAUGACCGUGGUAUAAAUGUUGUUCGCACAAAGAUAAAGAAUUUUGCUGCUGUUUCUGUUGGUUCCGGACACCAAAGUGGUUAUCCUUGUCCACCUUUCAAGAUCAUAAUCCUUGAUGAAGCAGAUUCAAUGACUGAAGAUGCUCAGAAUGCUUUGCGACGCACUAUGGAAACAUACUCCAAAGUCACAAGAUUCUUCUUCAUUUGUAAUUACAUCAGCAGGAUUAUUGAGCCACUUGCUUCUAGAUGUGCCAAGUUUCGAUUCAAACCACUUACUGAAGAUAUUAUGAGCAGCCGAGUACUACACAUCUGCAAAGAAGAAGGUCUUAAUAUGGACGCAGAGGCCCUUUCAACCCUUGGUUCUAUCUCACAGGGUGAUUUACGUAGGGGUAUUACAUGCUUACAAAGUGCUGCUCGCUUGUUUGGAUCAUCUAUUUCAUCCAGGGACUUGAUUAAUGUCUCUGGGGUUAUUCCGGAUGAAGUUAUUCAUGCACUAUUUUCAGCUUGUAAAAGCGGAAGCUUUGACUUAGCCGACAAAGAAGUGAAUAAUGUUAUAUCCGAAGGGUAUCCAGCUUCUCAGAUUCUCUCUCAGCUAUAUGAUUUAAUUGUUGAAGUGGAUGAUAUAUCAGAUGAACAAAAAGCAAGAAUAUGCAAGAAAUUGGCAGAAGCCGAUAAGUUUCUUGUAGAUGGGGCUGAUGAAUAUUUNAUGCAAACACUCUGCAACAUGCCACAAGAAAUGAUCUACUAGAGAGAGUACCAUGACUACUAGGGUGAGUUUUGAGUUUUGUUUUAUCUCAAGUAGAUGCUAUAAAUCACCACUUGGUCAUGCUUCAUUUCCUUAAGGUAGU